GUGGAUGAGCUGGAAAGAAGAUGCAAAAUCCAGCAAGAGCAACUGUUCCAUGUGAAGGAGGAGCUGACCCACACAACAGCAGAAAUGAAACUCAGAGUUGUACAGGCUGAAGAGCGUUUGGAAAAUGAAAAGAAGCGAUUCAAGCAGGUCCUGAAUGAUACAGAAUCCCUUCGUCUGAAGGAGGUGGGACAGAUAACUCAGCACAUGGAGACAAGUGAACAUGCUCUGCAGGAGCGCAUCCAAAGGCUGGAGGCCAUCCGCAUUGGGCUCGAGGAGGAACUGAGCCAAGUGAAAGCUGCCGCCUUCAUUGAACGAGGCAAAAUUGAGGAAGAAGUCAUCAGAGCCAAAAACCAAACCAGGUUGGAAGAGCAACAGCGCCUGGAGCAGAUGGAGGAGAAGCUGAGGCUGAUGAUGCAAUCCCAAGCAAACAGUGGCAGAAGCACACGCUAA